AUGUCCUUUGAAGUUGGCACCCGUUGCUGGUAUCCUAGUUCCGAUCUUGGUUGGAUUGGAGGAGAAAUAACCAAAUACGAGCAUACUGAUCAUCUUUAUCGUCUCGAGCUGACUUUAGAAGACGGUACCGUCAUACCGAUCGAGACUGAAACUUUGGAUGCUAGUACUACAACAGUGACGGAGAAUGCUGAUUCAGUCUUACCACUACUGAGGAAUCCCCCGAUCUUGGAAGAUACCGAUGAUUUGACCUCUUUAUCUUAUUUGAAUGAACCUGCAGUGUUACACGCUAUAAAAAAACGUUAUUCUAUGAAAAACAUUUACACGUACUCUGGUAUUGUGUUAAUAGCAGCAAAUCCGUUUGACAAGAUUGACGGUUUAUAUACAGAUGAUAUGAUUCAAAAAUAUGCUACUCAGAAGAGGGAAGAAUUAGAACCUCAUAUCUUCGCUAUUGCCGAUGAAGCUUACAGGGAAAUGAUUAAUAAUAACCAGAAUCAAACUAUCGUGGUUAGUGGUGAAUCGGGCGCCGGUAAGACAGUGUCUGCCAAAUAUAUCAUGCGUUAUUUUGCCUCUCUGGAAGAGGAUGCCUCCUCUAAAAAAGGCGAUCUUCAACAUCAAAUUGAAAUGUCUGAAAUUGAACGUAAAAUCUUAGCAACAAAUCCUAUAAUGGAAGCAUUCGGUAAUGCAAAGACAACAAGAAAUGAUAAUUCUUCAAGAUUCGGUAAAUAUUUAGAAAUCUUAUUCGAUAACUCUUCAAAAAUUAUUGGUGCUAAAAUUAGAACUUAUCUAUUAGAACGUUCAAGGUUAGUUUUCCAGCCAGAAUCUGAAAGGAAUUAUCACAUCUUUUAUCAAAUGAUAAUGGGACUUCCACAACAUGCCAAAUCACAAUUGAAUCUGAAAGAACCAGAACAUUAUUACUAUUUAAACCAAGGUAAUUCAAUGAUAAUAGCUGGUGUUGACGAUAAAGAAGAAUUUCAAACAACUUCCGAUUCCCUCGCCUUAGUUGGAUUGAACAAGGAUGUCCAAUUGGAAAUCUUCAAAAUAUUAGCAUCAUUAUUACAUAUCGGUAAUAUAGAAAUUAAAAAGACCAGAAACGAAGCGUCAUUAACUUCAGAUGAACCAAAUCUCAUCAUUGCUUGCGAAUUAUUAGGUAUCGAUCCUUCAACUUUCAGUAAAUGGAUUACAAAGAAACAAAUCAGAACCAGAUCUGAAAAAAUUGUCUCCAAUCUAACUUAUGCACAAUCGCUCGUAGCCAGGGAUUCUUUUGCCAAGUUUAUUUAUUCUGCACUAUUCGACUGGUUAGUCGAAAACAUCAACGUCGUCCUAGGAUCUGAAGAUAACGCAAAGCAAGCCAAAUCUUUAAUUGGUGUCUUGGAUAUUUAUGGGUUUGAACAUUUUGAAAAGAAUUCAUUUGAACAGUUCUGCAUCAAUUAUGCUAAUGAGAAAUUGCAACAAGAAUUUAAUCAACAUGUUUUCAAAUUAGAACAAGAAGAAUACAUACGUGAAGAAAUUCAAUGGUCUUUCAUUGAAUUUAAUGAUAACCAACCAUGCAUAAGUUUGCUUGAAAAUAGAUUAGGUAUCUUCUCAUUAUUAGAUGAAGAAAGUAGACUACCCUCAGGUUCGGAUGAAUCUUGGACCGAUAAGUUGUACCAAACUUUCAAUAAACCUCCAACGAAUGCAGUUUUCUCCAAACCUCGUUUUGGCCAGACUAAAUUUAUUGUCAGUCACUAUGCACACGAUGUCACCUAUGAUGUGGAAGGCUUUAUUGAGAAAAAUAGAGAUACCGUCUCAGAAGGGCACAUGGAGGUACUACAUACCAGCAGUAAUGAUACUCUUCGUUCAAUUCUGGAAAAUUUAACAGCUUUGGAGAACGCUUCUCAAGAGUCACCAAAAGAAGAAAAUAACAAGUUAGGCGGUGUUGCGAGGAAAAAUAUUCAAAGGAAGCCAACAUUAGGAUCAAUAUUCAAACAAUCUCUACAAUCUCUUAUGGAAACUAUCAAUUCCACCAACGUGCAUUAUAUCCGUUGUAUUAAACCCAACGCUGAAAAGAAAGCUUGGUCAUUUGAUAAUUCAAUGGUUUUAUCCCAGCUACGUGCUUGUGGUGUUCUGGAAACGAUUAAAAUUUCAUGUGCCGGCUUCCCGUCAAGAUGGACGUUUGGUGAGUUCUUUGAAAGAUACUAUUUCCUUGCAGAUUUUUCCGAAUGGUUACCUAUAAUGAGCAACCAAGCCCGAAAUGAGGAGGAUUUGAUAGCAUUCAAUGCUAAGAUUUUGGAAAAGACUAUAAAGGAAGAAAAGUAUCAAAUUGGUAAAACCAAGAUAUUUUUCAAAGCAGGCAUGUUAGCGUUUCUGGAAAACUUGAGAAAGGCAAAACUUACUUGGUUAUGUGUCAUAAUCCAAAAGAAGAUCAGGGGUAGGUUAUGUAGAUUGCAUUAUUUGAAGACGCUUGAAUCUAUUAGAUCACUCCAAAAUCUUGUCAAGACAAAACUUGUUCGUGAAGAAGUCAUUGCGCAACUUAAAUUGAGGGCAGCUACGUUUAUCCAAUCUUAUAUCAGAGGUAAAAACACAUAUUCGCUUUACAGGGAAACUCUAACGGGCACAUUAAAAAUCCAGAGUAAAAUAAGAUCUGUUUUAGUCAAACGAGAACGUGAAAGAAAACGUAGAGCAAAUGCUGCAAUUUUUGUUCAACGUAAGAUUAAAACAUUUAGACAAAGAAAUAAGUUUAUGCAGUUACAGAAGAAUGUAAUUACAGUUCAAUCCUUUGUGAGAAGGGCACAAGCUAUGAAAGAAUUCGCGAAAUUAAAAGAGGAAUCAUUAAUAAAGUGUUCGCCGGCUCUUUUACUUCAGAAAGAAUUCAUAGAAUUUGUUAAGUUGCUAACUGAAAGAAUUAAACAAAACAAAGAAGCUAAUGAAUAUGUAAAACAACUAGAGGGAAAUGCUUCCAUUAAGGCCCUGUUAAACGAUACCUCCUUUGAGAAUAUUCAAGACAUGAUUGAAGAAAAGAGACUAGUCAUCGAAAGGAAGAAGGAAGAGAUCAAUUCUUUAAUGUUCAUGAGAAAUUCAUUCAAAAGCAAUGCAAAAGCAGUGAUAGAUAUUUUUAACAAGACAACAGACGACAAUCUAAACAAAGAAGGAGGUACUUUUGUCUCUCCAAAUGUUAAUAAGAUUACUCAAGAGCUCCAGACAUAUCAGAAACUCAUGAAGAAACUACUAGACGGGUCAACCGGAGAUAAAUCAAGAAAGUCAGUUGGCUUGCUUGCCAGUACUGGUGACCAAUUAAUCCCACACAACGCCCCAAUUCCAUGCUGUAAUGAUGAUUCAGCAGAUUUUGUGGCAAGGAUCUCAGAUAUGAAUGAAGAAAUCCAGAAAUUCUUUAAUGUAGCUAAUGGCAUAAGCGACGAUAAUCUGAAUGAAAGUAGCACUUUAACACUUUCAGAAGUAGUUAUUUCAGUAAUGGAAGGCUUCUUAAACAAACAUUUGCACAGAGAAGGACAUUCAUUCACCGUAGAAUUUUGUAAAACAUUCAACGAAAGAGUGACGAUGACUUUAAACGAGAAAACAGACACAGCUUACUUUUUCUGGUUAAAAAAUUUCUCGAGUAUUUGCUCUUAUCUCUAUUUUAAGGAUGAGGUGUUAAGCAAAUGUUCCCUUUUAAUGGAGAUAAAAAGAGAGUUCAGUACCUGUUUGGUAACUCUUUUCGAAUCACAUCUGGAUAAGUUGAUAAAAAGCUUUAACGAAGAAGUAUCCUCGUCAGAUAUUUUAUUCAAUACAAACCACAGUUCUAAAGAUGUUCAAACAAACAGCACGGAAAAGUUGAUUUACUUUUUAAAUAGAACAUACGGCAAGAUGGAAUCAAAUGGAUUAAAUCCUAGAUUAAAGAAUGCUGUAUUAUUACAACUAUUCGGUUAUAUUGAUUCCGUUACAUUCAACGAUGUUUUGACGAAAGUAUAUGAGUUGACGUGGCAAGUUGGCUUUGAAUUAGAUAAACACGUCCAAGAAAUUUACAGUUGGUGUAACGAAAAGGAGAUUCGUGUAUCAAUCGUCAGGUCAUUCCUACCAUAUUCAAGACAAUUGGCUAAGGUUCUCCAACUUAGAAUUUCCAACUUACAAGAUCUCGGAGUGGUUCGUGAGUUUUCAUACUCCUUGACUCCCUCACAAUUGCAUGCGAUAUUAAAAAGAUACAAACCAAGUAAAUAUGAGUUUUCAAUCCCUGCAGAGGUCAUGAAUUAUCUCACAAACAUCGUCAAGAAGGAUAAACUGGUAAGAUCAGAUACCAACAUUCUUCUAUCCACCGGUCUUAGACGCAUUGCUGAUGUGUCAGUACUUAUAGAAGACAGAAGCACUCUUUCUGAAAUUGUUGAUCUUCAUGAACUAGACAUGCCAACCAUCAAACACUUACUGCAAUUACAGAAGACAAACUAG